AUGGAGAACAUUACUUCCCCAUCCGUGAUCGUACCUCUGUUCCCUGGUCAAGGAUCUUCAUCCGCCGCCAUAGCAUUGGCUAUUCAGCAGGCCCUCCGUGACAUUCGUUCACCAUCCGGCCAAUUGCUGUUGGCUUCAUGCCACGAGGCUUUUCAUGCAGAGGUCUUGAAGCUGACACUAGAUGAGCUCAACGAAACCCGUAUUUCAAUCGCCGAUUUCCAGGAAGCCACCUCGCUUCUAUCAUCAUCGAGUCUUUACCAGAACAACCCCGUCAUUUCCAGCAUCUCACUCUUCCUCUUCCAAGCUCUGAGAUAUCUCGCACACUUCUCGGGCUCACCAGCGGAACAAAAUGGCCGCAGUACCUUUGCAGAUAAUGCCGAUCACAGUCUUGGAGUGACCGGCUUCUCAUCUGGAAUAAUCACCGCAUGCGUCGUAGGAGCUUCCAACAGUGUGCUUACGUUCAUGGCGCAUGCAGUAGAGGCAUUUCGCCUUGCAUUUUGGAUCGGCGUACGAUCUAUGCAGUAUAGAAACAAAGAGCUUCAAUCUGUUUCAGGCUUUCCUGAUGCAGGACUCCCUUGGACCGUCGUUUGUAUCGGCUUGAGUAAAGCCGAUGUCUUGGGCUCCAUUUCCGAUUUCGAAACCCAGCGUUUCUCGUCCUCAAUUUCUAUUUCCAAAUCUUGCACCAUCCAUCCAACAACCGUAGAUGCUUUAUACCAUGCACAAGUCCUCCACAAUAUCCACGCCCAAGUCAUAGCUGACGUCAAGAAACAUUCGAUUCGCUUCCCUGAGUUCUCCAACCUUAAAUAUCCCGUGUUUUCGACCGUCUCCGGCAAGCCUUUGUUGCCGAGCUCCGAAGGCUCUCUUGUUGACGCAGUCCUCGACAUGAUAAUCGUGUCUCCCGUAGACUGGCUGUCCGUGGUACAGGGGCUUGGAAGUGCGGUCCCGACCGAUGCUCCCCCACAAGUAUUAAACUUCGGCCCUAGCUCUGGUCUUCUCCGAAUGCUGGAGAAAUCACUCUCAACCAAGAAAGUCACUUGUACCGAUGUGGCUGUUUCCAAUUCCAGCAGCCCUGACGGUCCGGCCGGGAACAAUUUCAAACAAGAGCCGGUAGCAAUCGUCGGAAUGGCACUUCGCUUGCCUGGUGGUGCAAGAACUUCGAAUGAGCUUUGGGAACUUCUUGAACGAGGAAUCAAUACCAUUUCUGAGAUUCCAGGAGACCGUUUUGAAGUAGAGCGCUAUACAUCCGCCAAUGCUAAAAGUGGCCGGGGGAUGAAGGCUCAUACUGCAAAUUUUAUAGAUUGUCCUGAUGAGUUCGACUAUAAACAUUUCAAGGUAUCGCCCAGAGAAGCCAGGAGCAUGGAUCCGCAGCAAAGGCUUCUUCUGCACACUGCUCAUGAUGCCCUUGAAAGUGCUGGUUAUGUUCCAGAUGCUACUCCGUCUUUCCAGCGCGACAGUUUUGGUUGUUUUAUCGGCACCGCUACCCAUGAUUACGCAGAUAAUUUACGGGAGAAUAUCGACGUGCAUUACAGCACAGGAACCCUGAAGGCUUUCCUUAGUGGUCGCAUAUCAUACGCAAUGCAGCUUGGAGGCCCUUCCAUGACUAUUGAUACUGCUUGUUCAUCGUCAAUUGUCUGUAUCCACCAAGCCUGUCGUUCACUCACGAAUGGGGACUGCAAUGCUGCAAUUGCAGGUGGAGUCAACGUCAUGUCGAGUCCGGAUAUGUUCAUUGGCCUGGAUCACGGGCAUUUCCUCAGCCCGACCGGCCAGUGCAAAUCUUUUGACGCAUCAGCCGACGGCUACUCUCGAUCAGAAGGAUGUUCUCUCUUUGUCCUCAAACGUCUUUCAGAUGCAGUUGCAGAGAACGACGACAUCCUCGGUGUCAUCCGCGCCAUUGAUCUCAAUCAGAGUGGGGAGGCGCACUCAAUCACCCAUCCGCACGUACCUUCCCAGGUCAAUCUGAUGAACAGGCUCCUGAAGAACUCCGGUAUCGAUGCAUCGCGUAUCAGCGUCGUAGAAGCGCACGGUACUGGCACCCAGGCUGGCGAUUUUGCCGAGCUCCAGAGCAUCCGCGCCGUUCUUUGCCGUGCGCGCGAUAGCGCAAACCCCCUUCAUGUCACUUCGAUCAAAGCUAACAUCGGUCACUUGGAGGCUGCUUCUGGUGCUGCUGGACUCGCCAAAAUUUUGCUCAUGUUCCAACACGAAACAAUUCCUGCUCAAGUCUCCCUCAAGGUAUUGAACCCGCGUAUCACACCCCUAUCUCAGGAUAAUACCGUCAUCGACACGGUUCCCACGCCAUGGGUGCGCGGAUCGUCGCCCCGCAUGGCGCUGCUCAACAACUUUGGAGCAUCAGGUUCAAAUGGAGCUCUCAUAGUGGAGGAUCAUCCAAAACAAACUAAAGCUCCAGCUAGUGGCACAUCUUACGUCUUUGGUAUCUCUGCCAAAACUCGCGAGGUUCUCGAAACUCUCCGCUCUCACUACUUUGAAUGGCUUCACGACGCCAGAAAUCGCUGGAUUCCGAUGAGCGACAUCGCAUACACUGCCACCGCAAGAAGACAGCUGCACCCUUUUAGGAUUUCGGUCGACGUAGGGAACAAGGGACAACUCGUUCAGGCUCUUGCAAGCGCUGAAGUGACUCAUGUUGAGGGAACUUUCGGUCAAAUCGUCUUUGUCUUCUCUGGACAAGGCAGCUAUUACCGUGGAAUGGGGAAGCUCCUCUAUACAAGCUCUCCGGUCUUCCGACGCUGCAUUGACAGAUGCCACCGAUACCUUGUGUCCAAAGGAUUUGCAGACAUCCUUCCAAGUAUCAUUGGAGGGAACACGGAUAGUGGGUCAGAUGAAAUGGAAGAGUUCGAAGCGUCUCAAACUUCUACGAUGGCGUUGGAAGUCGCGUUGGCGAAAUUAUGGAUACAUUGGGGUUUGACGCCUUCUGCAGUCGUUGGGCACAGUCUUGGAGAAUACGCUGCUCUGGUCAUUGCAGAGGUGAUCUCGCUCGAGGCAGCCUUGUUUUUGGUUGCAUCCCGCGCUCGUCUCACAUGGCGUGGCUGCGUGCCGGGUGCAACAGGCAUGUUGGCUAUCAGGCUCGGAGAGCAACAAAUCAAUACCGUCCUGAAAUCCGGGUCAUACUCGGAUCUCUCCGUCGCUUGCGUAAACAGCGAUCGUGCCUGUGUCGUUUCCGGCCCGCUAUCUCAGCUGCAAGCUCUGACAAAGGAGUUGGCGACUACCGGUGGCAAGGCCCGUCUCCUGGACGUUCCGUAUGGAUAUCACAGCAAAGCAAUGGACCCAGUUCUGGAUGAGCUUACUCAACUCGCACGCACUGUACCCUUGUCCUCACCAAAGGUGUCCGUUUGUUCUACCGUUCUCGCCCGAGUCGUUCCCGCAGGAGACACUUCGACCUUCGACGCAACCUAUUUCGCUUCGCAUUUCCGCCAGCCUGUUCUUUUUUCCCCAACUGUUGAUGUCCUGUACAAGGAUCCCUCGCUCUCACAGGUAGAUGCCUGGAUCGAGAUGGGACCCCAAGCGUCAUGCUUGUUGAUGGUACGGGCUUGCGCAUCUGCUCCCAGCGAUGCGGUGCUAUUGCCUUCGUUGAGCAAAAACGACGACGCCACUCUUACGUCCAGCCUGUCCCAGCUCUACAGAACCAGUGCUCCUUUGAACUGGCGUAAUGUCUUUGCGGAGUUGUCUCCAGCUACAUGCGCUGAUCUGCCACCAUACCCGCUCGAGAGGAACAAGAUUUGGGUGCCGUACAAGGAGCCUUUUUUUGAACCUCUUUCGUCACCUCAAACCGUGGCACCAGCACGAAGCGCAGCGCCGACAAAAACCAUAGCACCAGCACCAGCACCUACACGAAGCGCGGCACCAGCACCAGUACGAAGCACAGCACCACAACAAAUCAUCCCGAAAGCUGAUAUGAUAUCUGAAUACACCAUGCUUGGGUGGUGGGUACAGCGCCCAUCGCGCGAGAACGGCAACUCCGCCAGUUUCGACACUCCCAUCGAAGUUCUAGGUCCGUUCAUUGAAGGACACAAGGUUGCAGGGCACUACCUAUGCCCAGCAUCAAUCUACCUUGAACAAGUCAUUUCGGGUGCAGAUCUUUCACGGCGCCAUUUGAACCUCGACUUCGGGAAGAGUUUCCCUGUCCUCCGAGGGGUCACUUUUGCGAAACCACUUGUUUACCAUCCCCAGGUCAAGCGCGUUGUCCGUACGCAUGUCACCAUUCAGCAAGAUGGUACCGGUUCCUUCAAUGUGACAUCCAGGCUGCAAUCUUCUUCGGAUGAAUCUGUUCACGUCCGCGGAGAAAUACGUUUCCAAUCCACCAAGGAUGUCGCUGCCAGUCUCGACAAUGAAUUCAGCCUCAUGCCCAAACUUAGUGUCUCGGAGAUUGGUUCACGGAAGGAGGGUCAAGCAGAAGUCUUCAACACUCGAACCCUAUAUGAAGUCGUCUUCCCUCGUGUCGUUGAAUACUCCUCAAAGUAUCACACGAUCCAGUCCUUGACUGCCAGCGCGAAUGGAAUGGAUGGUAUAGCACAAGUCAAGCUUCCAGAUGCCCCACGACACUCCUUCGCCGCUCAUCCCGUCUUCGCCGACACCCUCCUCCAUUCCGUUGGAUUCUUGGCAAAUACGCAAGGCGACAUCGGCGAUGCUUAUAUCUGCAGCGAGGUCGGGUCAUUCCAGAUGCUCUCCGAGUUCAUCGACCACGCACAAACAUACACUCUUCAUUGUCGCGGGCAGUGGACGUCGUUUGAGAACAUCGUACUCGCUGAGGCUUAUGCUGUCCAAGACCAAGAACCUCGCCGUGUUGUUGCGCUCAUGAAAGGCAUUCAAUUCAAGCGUGUGCGUAUGGGCGGUCUUGCUCUAGCGUUGAAAAGUGCAGCAGACUCUGGCCCUGCGCAGACACGAAACCGAACUGAUUCAACCAGCACGCAAGGGGAUGUGCAGACAAGCAACUCUGGUAAUUCCAGCAGACCAUCUUCGCCGGAAACCUUAGUGUCUGAAGAUGACGUAUCCAUCCGCAUCAAAGAUGUCAUGGCGCAAGUGCUUGGCCUUCCGGCUGGCGACAUACAAGAUCAUUCUGACUUCAAAUCGCUCGGCCUUGACUCUCUCAGUUCAUUAGAAGCUCUGCACGCGCUCAAAACCGAUCUUAAGGUUGACCUUCCUCACGACGCAUUCGAUUCAUAUUCCACAAUCGCAUCCUUGACCGCUUUUAUCGAUAAAUCACCUUCUCCCAAGAGGUCGUUGGAAAAACCCCAGUCGUCGCCAGCUAGAUCCGUUGCGUCGACGGUAACAGUGUCCGGUGAUGACAGACGCACCCGCAUCAGAGAUGUUAUCGCAGGUGUACUCGGCCUUCCGACUUCUGAUAUAGAAGAUGACUCCGACUUCAAAUCGCUCGGCCUCGACUCCCUCAGCUCAUUAGAGGCUCUACACGCGCUCAAAACUGAACUCAAUGUCGACCUUCCUCACGAUGCAUUCGAAUCUCAUUCCACAAUCACAUCCUUGAACGCUUUUUUUGAUAAAUCCUCCCCUGAGAAGUCCAUAGAAAGAACUCCCCAGAAGUCAUCGGAAAGAUCACAUUCUCCGCCAGCUAGAUCCGUGGAGUCGACAGAAACGGUGUCUGAUGGUGACAGAUGCAUGCGCAUGAGAGGUAUCAUCGCAGAGGUGCUCGGUCUUCCAGUUUCCGAUGUAGAAGAGGACUCCGACUUCAAAUCCCUCGGCCUUGACUCCCUCAGUUCAUUAGAGGCACUGCAUGCACUCAAAACCGACCUCAAUAUCGACCUCCCGCACGAUGCAUUCGAGUCCCAUUCCAGCAUCGCUUCCUUGAACGCUUUUCUUGAUAAAUCCUCCUCCCCCAAGAAAGCCUCGGGAAGAUCGUCGACGAGAACAUUACAACCCGCAUCGUUUGAUACUCGCAUGUCACGAAUUCAAUCCAGCAAGGACGAAAACGCUGCCCCGCUACUUCUGAUUCACGAUGGCAGCGGCUUGAUAAAUCAUUAUAGUCGUCUGGCGCCGUUACAUCGGGACGUCUUUGCCCUCUCCAAUCCAUGUCUGAUUACCGGUGGGAAAUGGGAGAGCGUUGAGCAGAUAGCACAGUCUUAUGCCAACGUCGUUCUGGCUGCGAAAACAGAGCAGAUCAUUAUUGGCGGAUGGUCAUUUGGUGGCGUAGUGGCAUUCGAGGCCGCUAAGAGGCUCCUUCAGAAUGGCAUUCGUGUCCGUGGCAUCGUUCUCAUCGACGCUCCUUGUCCUGGCAAACAUGUACCCCUUUCAUCAUCUGUCAUAGACCACGUCACGAAUUCGCACUCUCAAGGCAUUGAUCCAGGAACCGUCAGUCUUAUCGCGGAACAAUUCAAAGAAAGCACACGACUCCUUUCCUUCUACAAACCAUCUCUCGAAGGAAAGCUUGAAAUUCCGAUAGUCCUGCUUCGCUCGUCUGAGGGGUAUGCUCCUCCGGGUUUGAACGUUCCUGACUGGUUGCAACAUCGUGGAAGCGACAAUGCCGUCGUUGGCGAAUGGGAAGCCCUCGCACGGUCUCCUGUAAAGACUUGGUCAAUUCCUGGCGACCAUUUCGCACCUUUCACUCCCGAGAACAUCGAACAAACAUCUCAGCAGCUCAAGGAUGCGUGUCAGUUUGUGGAAAGGCUAUAGAGGACAUCCUGCGCUUUUGAUUCCAUUUGCUUUGCUUGCUUCAUACCAUGUUAGAUUUUUUUUGAUUUCACUCGCCCUGCUUGCUCCAUACCACGUUGCAUUAUUUUGUUUGUGCAUAGAUAGAUUUCUUUUCUUUUCCCGCCUCCUGCUUGCAUCUCAUAAAUUCUAUUAUCAUUGCUCAUGCCCCUGCAUCUCUGUAUCUAUAUGGCCAGUUGACCGUCACGCGACUGCAAUUUCGGUCUUCCGUCUAAUCAAUGCAAUUCAAUUUUAAC